UCAUUGAUUUCAUAAACGGUAGCUAUUUUUGAUUGACCAGUCCGAAAACUGGCUAUAGCAACAAAAGGACCAUCAGAUUUUUGAACCUAAAAAAGAGACAGCCGUUGCCCUAGCUUCUUCUUGGUGGAGACAACAACAAAGACUCUAGCAGAACCCUAGACUCAAAACACCAUCGCCACUGCAUCUUCCUCGUCUCAACACCACCAUCUCCAUCUCCCUCACCAACAACAACCAGCGACCAACCUUCCAUCAACCAGAAUCGCUGCCGCCGGCUGCUCAACCAAAACCCGCCGGAACUCCACAAAAAAGCCACCGCAGAACACCAAACGAUCCCUUCUUCUUCGAAAUAGCGGCGGCAGACCUGAGACCAGUUGAAGCAACGAAACUCCUUUCUUCACCAAGCAGCUUCAGCCGUUUCCAGCCGCCGGACCACCCCCAUCGCCGCUCUUCUUCUUCACCUCACACCAUCGGACAUCCCUUCUUCUUGACACCUUCAAAACAGCGGCACCACCAAAAGCCAUCGUCUCCAAUCCCUGAAGUGAAGUGAACGAACAGAGGGAUAUAGAAACAUUAAUUAAAGGCUUCAGUUUCGGAUCUUAUCGCCUUUUCUUCUUCUUAUUUCCCCAUCUCUUUGAACAAUCAUAGAACAAUUAAAAAGUAACUAGAGAAGGCAGAAAUCGAAAAUAAGAGGUCGAAAGUUUUGUGAAUUCGAGGUGAAAUUCCGGUUUCUGUUCCGUCGUUCGAUCUUUUUUGCUGAUUGUUACUCCGUGGAGUUCCCGUUGACGGAUUCUUUCUUUUUUCUCCUCGCUGGAUCGAGUGUAAGGCUGUUGAAGGAAGUUCUGCUAUUGAAAACCAUUUAAAGGUAUGGAUUCAUUUACUACAGCUCUAGCAUGAGAGAUACCUCAGGACCAUUGCAUGAACGAGCUGUUUGAGGAAACUUUUCAUUUUCAAUCUAUUUUAUGUUUUUAAAAUUUUUAGUCUUGUACAGUAGUAUCGAGUCUGUCAGUCUAGUUAAGACUGUCGAAUCUUUUGUUAUAGUACUUGCUUCUAUUCUUUUCUAGGUUCCUGUCUUUGGCUGCUCCUUUAUUUCCCAACUCCUCUAACAAAGCUAGAUCGCAUCACCUCCCUCUGCCCGUUGAUCAUAUCUACCUCAACUAUUGCUUCCCCACCUUAUAGCUCGAAAUCAAUUACUAGUCAUUUUAGGUGAAAUAAUAGUUUUGGACACGUGUUUUCGGGCGAAGAAGAAGUGCGAGAUAGAGAGAGGAGGUUGGUCUUUGAAAAGAGAAGAAGAGGGAGAUUUAUGAAUUCCUUGAGUGGGUCUGUGGUGACACUCGUGGAUGACAUUGAUCCUUGAAAUUGUCGAGAAAGUACACAAUUGUAGGUUUUCUCGUGAAAUUGGGAAAAGAGUCAAAGACCCAGUUCAGCUGUUAGCGUACAGAUUGUUUUAGUUGCGAUGAGUUCAGGAAAUGUGGGGUGGCUGCCAUUGAUGAAUGUUGUUAAAUUUAAGGGAGUGCCAAUUCUGCAGCAAUUGCAUUUGGAGGAACGGUUACUCAGGACUUCACCUCAAAACUGGUGUAUUGUAAAUGAUGGAACCAAUGAACCCACAAUUGUCAUGGGUAUUUCAGGAAAACCAGCUGAACUUCUUGAAAUCGGUUCUGUUUUGCAAGACAAGAUUCCAGUAGUAAAGAGGUUUACUGGAGGAGGCACUGUAAUAGUCGAUCACAGGACANCCUCCCCCCAUCUCUCAAAAAAAAGUGUAACCUUGCUUUUAUGUCAAAAAAAGGGACUUGCUUUUAAACUUUGUUAUGGAGGAAAUACUUGCUUAUACUUGCUGUAUGACAUCCGACUUCAUAUUGUUUUUUACAUGAUCACAGACUACGUUUUUGGCAACCGCAAGUUUGGGGGAAAUGCUCAAUCUAUCAUAAAAGGCCGUUGGAUCCAUCAUACAUCCUUUCUUUGGGAUUAUGAGAUGAUGAACAUGGCUUAUCUCAAACUUCCAAAACGAGCUCCUGACUAUCGACAGGCAAGAGACCAUUCAGACUUUAUCUGCCGCAUGAAGGAUUAUAUAUCUCGGCAAGAAUUCAUAAAUAGAACCAUAUCUGCACUUGACAGCCACUUUUCUGUGACUUCUCUGGAGCUUAAAUCAUAUGACUGUCCUGAUGACACGAAAUUUAUGCCCUCCUCUAGACUGCUGGGAAAACAAGAACUGGAGGAAAGUUUUGAGUCUGAAUCUGGGAAUGUCAUAUUUCAGUCACUGUAACUGCUACAAGAUAAGAAGACCUUCGCUUGAGGUGCUACUGUAUGUCAAUGUACCUUAAUUGGUUAUUCGUCGAGGAAUAAUUUUCCCUUUUUCCAUGAGAGUAUUUUUGUUGGAUUGGGCUCCUAAUCUGGUUGUGGUUGCCUACCUCCAACUCAUUCAUGUUGCUACUUCCUCGGAUAAAAAUUCUAGGAGGAAGUGCUACCUUUUACCAUUGUGCGUUACAGGGGGCAUAAUUAAGUCCUUGUUUGUAAGCACAUCGAUUGAGCGUUUACAUUAUUAAUUCACAGGACAAACCACCAUCUUUACAGAUACUGUUUGUAAUCUGACCAUCUCUCUCGCCUUCA